GAGCCUCAAAGUGCCCGAUCUAGAUGAUUAUCCUGCGCCCAGUUGUUCCCACCCCGCAGCAGCCAGUGGGGAGAUGAUGGUAGUCUAUUUUCUCCAUCGAGUCUACACUUUUUUCAACACCAUAUCUUUCUAACCUGUACAUACUGCAUCAGUAGCUCACUCCUCCAGGAUCUGGCUCUCACAAUCGAAGCUUACUGCACCUUCAAGCGCGCGCCUGAUUGAGAUCUCGUGAUAUAGCCGGUUUGUGAAGACGAGUGAGGACUUGACCUGGUUGCAAGGCUGGAAAUAGAACUCGACCAACGCUUGUACAACUUACCAUACCGAUCCAUCGGAACCUCAGCUUUGGUCUUUUCGAACAUCUCGCUCUUUGCAUAGAACAACAAAACCUAGCUGCGCUGUGCUGCCCAAACCUAUCGAAGUUGAAAAGCAUUUAUCUGCCUUCUGAGGCACCAGCAUUUGUACGGAGACAUUCCAACAGCACGGCGACACCGGAUUUGUGAGCAGCUGCUGCAGGUAUCGAAGCUCAUAAUAAGACAGUAAUGGCAUGGUCCUCGGGGCCAGUUGCAGCUCUGCAGAACAACGGUCCUGACCUAUACUCGUCCAAUUCAAAAAGGUCACCAGGCAUCAUAGACAUGAUGUUCUCCCAACCAAUGCCUAGACCUUAUUCCGACUCCCGGUGGGGAAGCCAAUAUCAACAACAAGACUCGAUCGGCACAGGGAACUGCAUGCCAAACUUUGUUCAGCCAAGUCAGGACCAGAAGACGACCUAUGACUGCUCAGUGCGUGAAAUAGCGGAGGAUGAAUCGAACUUUGCGCCAAACCUUGAAGCGCAGUGCCAUUCAUAUACACCGAUUGAGCCGAUUGAUAGUUACGGAAAUAUUAUACGGCGUCAAUCAAUCCCGAACGCCCCGACCUUCUCAUUUCAACUUGACGAUGGCAAUACGGAGCCUCAGCAGACCUACGGCUCGAUAUCGGACCCAGUUUCGAAUGGGGCAUACUUUGACGGAUCAUUCGGUUUUGUAGAGAACAAUACCAACAUUCUGUCCAACGAGGUAUCCAAUGCUUCAUUCCCAGAUUUUUUCGCCUCGCAUGGUGAUCAAUACCACAGUCAGAAUGUUUCUGCUCCCCCGGAUCUCUAUUAUGAAGGCACCGGAGCUGGCACAUAUGAGCUUUCAACGACCUCGGUAACCUGUAUAUCUGCUUUACACACCCCCGAAACACGAUCACGAGCGACAUCGAUCACACGAAACCCAUAUGUAGGAACCGAGGAAUACGAGAAUAUCGAUGCGGUCAAACAGGAAGAUGAUUUUGUUGGAUUGGCAAACUUUCAGUUUUCUUCAGUUCAAACCGACACCUCGUGGGCGUUGGGUCCGGAUUCAGGACUUGAUGGCCUGUCUACAUUUGAUGGUACAUUUUGCCAGACAAGCCAGACGAUCGAUACAAAUACAAUGUUAAGCUUGGAUACGAAUAUAUCGCCUCACACUAUUCAAUCCAAUUGGGGGGAUCAACUUUCAGCAAGCCUUAUCAACCUCGAUAGUUCUUCAUGGGUUCCAACUCAAGUAACUCAAAAUCAUAUGAAAGGGGAGGCAAAUCUUCCUCGGGAAACUCCGCACCCCGUAGAAACGACACAAGAAUCACCUUCCACUGAAAGCAAGGACUCAUCGUCACCUCAGCAGUAUGAUCAGUUCAUGAGCGUCAUGCAAGUUACAGUUCCUGCGAGAGCAAGAGGAGGUGACGAACUCUCGCCUCCGCCAAACAACUCAUCCUUGAAACUAGACGACUGCUUGAGUAAUUUUGAGAGCAGCCCUACUGAGGCACGGAAACGGAAGAGAACAAAAUUCGGCCCAGAUGCUGCGCAGAAGGUUCGACAGGUUCGAACUAAUGGAGCGUGUGUCUCAUGUCGGUCUCGCAAAACUCCUGUAAGACUACCUUCUCUUCCCCGCGUGCUCCAUUUGCUUUUAAUAACUUCAUGUAGUGCUCCACCGAGGGGAUUUGUAAGCAUUGCUUAAAGGCUGCUUGCAAUAAUAUGCAAUUGGCGAAAGUCAUCUGUUUACGAACAAAAUUGAUAGAUUCAUACUGUGGUGUAAAAUGUAAUCAUCUUACUCUCUAGGCUUUGACUCGCUAACCUCAACAGCCAUAUUCGGAACCCUCGAUUCUCGAAGGGAAGGUCUCGCACCCCUCCUAAGCUCAUUAUCCGGCCAAACCAUACAAAUCAAUCUAUCGGUAAAGUCCUCACCCGAGAUGGGCAAUCGAACUGCAGUAUUACCACUCCGCGUCCGACAAUGUACCUCGGAUCUUCGUUGUCGGUGGAAAGGCUUAGGGAAAGUAAAAGGGAUAUACGUAACCCAACAUUCCGUUUAUGCCCCAUCAUUUGCCGUUGUUCCAGAUUCAAUAUCCAUAGACGACGUGGCAAAUUUCGCCCGAGACGUGCUAUCGAUAUCAGACGGAACCCACUCUGGGCAAAUCACCGGGCGAAUAACUUCUUUCCUCGAUGCAUAUUGCCGACAGAAACGAUCAUCGAAUUCCAAGCUCGUAAGAUUACUCCCUUUCCCUAACUCCUCCGAGUCCAAAGUAUUAGUCACCCAGCUGACAGCUUCAUAGCGACAAUUUGUAGACUCCACCCUCAAAGUAGUUGGUCUCAACGGCCUCGUCCCUUACGGCUCUCUAGACCUACGAGACGGGUCUUACAACCUCCUUCACGAAAAACCAGCGGGCGCAAAAGCAGAAUGGAGCUACGUCUCACCAACUCUCCACGACCAAGUACGACUCAUUGCGGCGGCGGAAUUGGAAAAACUCGAAGGCGCGGUAUUCUCGCAGAUUGACAGUUUUGCCAAACUCAUAGGAUCGGAUAAACAUGCUCGGAUCGUAGGAGGAAUGUGUUUGAUGAGGCUACUCUUGCUGUAUAGGGAUCGUGCGAUCAGGGAUGAGAUCCGGUUGAGCUUACCGAAGCAGAAGCUGUGUAUGUCUCUCCGCCUUUCUCCUCCUUUCAUUCUAUCUCUUGUUGUGACCCAGAAACUAAUAUGAAACAAAGUACAUCGCGAAAGACUCGAACAAUCAACGUUCAUGUAUCGGCGUCUUACCAUCGCAUACGGAAUCCUCUGUCGAGAUGCGAAUACACCACUGACCACCACAUGGGUUGGGGAGACCAACAAGUCUCCGGGGGGAAGAAGCAACGCGGCGCUGGAAGACGAUAGGGCGUUGGAGAGGAUGUUUGUUAGGUUGAGAGAAACCUAUUGUGACUUUUGUAAGUUCUUCGUCGUUGUCCUUCCCCCUUUUCUAUACUCGCUACACGCUCUUCGCCUGCGAAGGGGGUUUACAUGAUGCAAAGGGGGCGGGGUGAAUAUUGGGAAUUUGCUAAAUCGGAAUAGGCGAGAAGCUAAAUAAGCACCACGAUGACGUGUUCAAGGGCCUCGUGGUCAAGAAAUAAAUGACAAUGAACGAAAUGACGACUUCACGAAUCACGACGGACAAAACCCUCUUCGGGAUUUAAAGAGGAGAAUAUUCAUACAUAUAUGGGAAAGACGAUCUAUCUUUUGGCGGUGAUUUGCGUUGGGUUUUGUUCUCCUUUCUACUCUUUUUUCUUUUUCUAGAGAAAAAGGGUUGGAUUGAUCGAUGAUAAUGAUGAAAUGUACUUGAUUUCUUUUUGUUCGGGAUUAGAGGUUAUAUACCCGACUGGAUUGGUUCCUUUUACGGGUUGGUCUAUAUAUCUUUUCCUUUGGGUGUGGUUGCAGUUUGUAAAUUUUGUGAAUCUUAUCUUUACAUCUCCCUAUCUAUAUUGGAUGAAAUGAAGUUUCGCCAAUUUGGCGCACUCGAAUGCCUGAGAAUAAUCCUGGAGACAUAGAGGCUCCUGCUAGCUUUACCGGCUUUAACUAGAUGUUAAAAAUGAAC